AAUCAGUAAAUCAUUGAAAAGGAAACAUCAUUUAGUACCCGAUGUGAUUUUGUCCGAAGACCAUAAACCUCAUCAAGUCAAUUUCACUCACUACACAAACCAAACACUUCACUUAGCUUCUGUUUGAGAAAACCCAGAGACUACAUUGUAAAUUGUGAACCCUUUCCUCAUCCAUCACCUUUCUUUCUUUGUUCUGAUCCCAUCAUGGCUGAAAAACUUUAUGGUGGAGCUUACCUCUCUCCCUUUGUUGAUGCUGUUUUGGACAACCUGACUUCAAUACUUGAAGAAGACGACUCUUUCCUCGAAAGCAACAACUUGCUUGUUAGGUUGCAGAAUUGUCUGUAUGAUGUUGGACCUGUUCUUGAUGAUGCUGAGCUGAAGCAGUUCAGUGACAAGAAAGUGAAGAAGUGGCUUGUUGAUCUUCAAGAUGCUCUCUUUAUGGCUGAUGACUUGCUCGACGAACUCUCCACUAAAGCCGCUAUUGCUGCUACUCAAAGGGAUCCAGGUAACUCUUCUUCCUGGUCUCGUCUUGUUGAUUCGUAUAUUGAAGAUAAUGGCCACAUGGAAAAAGUAGUUGGCAAACUAGAGUCUGUUGUAAGACGCAAACGUUAUCUUUGUCUGGAGAAGAGUGCCAAGGUGGAUAUGUCAUGGAGAAUUCCAUCCACAUCUCUCGUUGAACCAUCGGAGAUAUGUGGCAGGAAAGAAGACAAGGAGGCCAUACUGAAACUGUUGUUGGAUGAUGAUGAUGCUGCUGAUGGUGAUUUAUCUGUCAUUCCCAUUGUGGGCAUGGGUGGAAUAGGAAAGACUACUUUGGCCCAAUUGCUUUACCACGAUGACAAAGUGAAGGACAAUUUUGAUUUUCGAGGUUGGGUUUGUGUGUCAGAAGAAUUUGAUGUUGUCAAGGUCACCAAGACUGUAAUCGAGGCAAUAACUUCAAGUUCUUGUAACUUGACAGAUUUGAAUUUACUUCAGCUUCAUUUGAAAGAAAAGUUGUCCAGGCAAAAGUUUUUUAUUGUCUUGGACGAUGUUUGGAAUGAAAACUAUGAUGAUUGGAAUUCACUUCUAAAACCUUUUCAAAAAGGGGUUAAGGGAAGUAAAAUUCUCAUAACUACUAGAAAUAAAAAUGUGGCUUUUGUAGUGCAAACUGUGUCACCUUAUGAACUAAGUUUAUUGUCUGACGAAGAUUGUUGGUUAGUGUUUUCAAAGCAUGCCCGUCUUUCAACUGUUUCUGUGGAGAAUCUAACCCUGGAAAAAAUCGGCAGAGAUAUCGUAAAGAAGUGUGAUGGAUUGCCGUUGGCAGCUCAAGCCCUUGGUGGCAUAUUGCGUGGAAAUUCUGAUAUCAGAGAUUGGAAUCAUUUACUGAAGAGUGAAAUCUGGGAACUCUCCAAUGACAGAAUAAAUGUUGUUCCAGCGUUAAGGAUAAGUUAUUAUUUUCUUCCUCAGUUGAGGUUGAUAUUAAAGCUCGUCAUUUGUCACAUAACGCCAAAGUUGAAGUACCUGAGAGCUUUGUCGUUCGAUAGAUUUCCUCUUGAGUCAGUGCCUGAUUCAAUAGGUGAGUUGAUUCAUCUGCGUUACUUGGAUCUCUCUCGGACGGACAUUGUGACAUUGCCGGAGUCAUUAAGUAACCUAUACAAUUUACAGACCUUGAAGUUGUAUUGGUGUACACAUCUGGAAAUGCUACCUGUUGGCAUGAAAGACCUUGUAAAUUUGCGCCAUCUUGAUAUUAGAGUGACUCAGUUACGUGAGAUGCCAAAAGGCAUGAGCAAAUUAAAAAAUUUGCAGUUUUUAAGUAGUUAUGUUGUUGGAAAGCAUGAAGAAAACAAGAUGAAAGAAUUGGGAGCACUCGUAGAUCUACAGCAAUCUAUUUCCAUUGACAAGUUGGAGAAUGUGGUGAACAGCAAUGAAGCUUCGAUGGCAAGAAUGUUUGAUAAGGAUGGCAUUGAUUCUAUGAUGUUAAGUUGGUCGUGGAACAAAGACGAGAAUACAGUUGAUUCCGAAAUGGAAAGAGAUAUACUUGACAAGUUACGACCUCACACUAAUUUGAAAGAGUUACAGAUCAGGGGUUACAGGGGUACAAGAUUUCCAGAUUGGGUGGGACAUUCUUCCUACCACAACAUCACCAAAAUAAAACUGUAUGCUUGCAGGAGUUGCUGUAUGCUUCCUUCACUUGGACAAUUGCCCUCGUUGAAGAUCCUAUUAAUUUCAGGUUAUAGAAGUCUGGGAAGUGUGGGUGCUGAGUUAUACUUUAACCAGAAUGGUGAAUCUUGUUUGGAGACACCACCAUUCCCAGUGCUUGAAACUCUUAAUUUUGAGUCAUUGGAUGGCUGGAAGGAGUGGCGUUCAUUGGAGUUCAAUGCGUUUCCGAGACUUAGGGAGCUUACUAUACGCCGGUGUCCGAUGUUGAGAGGAGAUUUGCCCAAUCAUCUACCAUCUUUGCAAUCACUUCAGAUUUGGAAUUGUGAGCAGCUGAGUUGUUGUGUUCCAAGAUCUCCUGAAAUGACCUCUUUAUGUAUAGAAGGCGGGAAUGAAGUGAGAAUUGGGGAGCUACCUCCUUUACUGCGUGAGCUAUCAAUUGCAGGAAACUAUCACGUGGAGUCGGCGGUACAGGCCAUAAUGCACAUGCAACUGAGUUGCCUGACGUCUUUAUACAUUGCAGAUUGUUCCUCCCACAUAUGGUUUCCAGUGAGUGCUAUUCCCGCAUCGCUACAACAGUUGACGAUACGGCGUUGCAGAAAACUAAAAUUCCAAAUGGAUGGCCAUCAUCACUCGCUGCAGAAACUAUCAAUAGAGAAAAGCUGUGAUUCAGUUACAUCCUUCUCGUUGUUGGAUUCCUUUCCAAAUCUCGUGCAUGUUAAUAUCAAUGGCUGUGGAAACAUGGAGUGUAUUGUGGUGUCACGUUCUCUUCCAUGUCUCCGUUCUUUACGUAUCAUCGGGUGUAGGAGUUUGAAAUCUGUGUCAACGCUAUGGAUGGCAGCACCUCAGCUAGAGCUUCUCACAUUACUGGGUUGCCCAGAGGUUGAUUUGUCUCCUACAGGGGAUGGGGAUCCACACCGUAGCCUCAGAUAUCUUGGACUCAGCUACAGCGAGAAACUAGUGAGCAGUGCAGCAUUCAUGAAUUCGCAAUUUCACGAGUGUGAAGAGCCUCCCAAAGGAAGGUUGGCUGCCUGCCUCCCUUGA